AUGGACAUCAUCGACACGGUCGCGCUCAGGACCAGCCAUCCGGACGUGAACGGCGUCUUCGUCAGCGUGGGGGAGGGCGGCACCAACGACGUAAUGGAGCCGGCGUACCUCUCGAACCUCGCCAUGGGCAUCUACACGAUCAGGUUCAGCCCCAUGAACAGGGAGUCCAACUGGUCGCUCGACAGGGCCGGGCACGGGGAGUCGAUCGGGUACAAGGACGUGUUCAUCGUAGGCUUGGUCGACGGCUGGGUGACCCUGGGCAUCAUCGUGACCUACGCCCUGGUCUUGUUGCCGUCCAAGAACAUCGUCAACCACAUGACGCCCUACGUCCGCAUCGGCCUGCCCGUGGGACGGGAGCCGCUGGCUAAACAUGGACACGAACGGCGCGGUGUGUUGAGAGACAUGCCCAAGGCCAGGUUCAUGUACACGAUGAAGUCCGGGGACAACCUGUUGACGAAGGCCGUGGUCAGUGUCAGCGGCAUUGUUGAGGUCGCGGACAAGAGCGAGAUCUCGUGCCUGGUCUCGUUCAGGGUUAGGGUCAAGUACGCCACCACCAACACGAACCUGGCGAUCGUCGACGUCAUGGCGUCGUGCAUGUUCACGUUGACUGAGCUGUACCUCAACAACACCAUUGGCACCGCGCUGACCACGCACAUGAUCCUGUGCCUGAAGAUGUGCAAGAGGCUGAUCAAGACCUGCGUCAUGUGCAACGGCAUGAUCGCGAGCCUGGUCGCGCGCAUGGAGUACGACCCGAACAGGUACCCGAACACGCCCAUCAACGUGUGGUUGCACAACCACGCCAGGACCAACAGGAACAACGUCAGGAACAGCCUCAAGUUCAUGUUCUGCGACACGUGCAAGACCAACACGGGCACGACCCAGCCCCAGUGCGACAUCCACUACUAG